UCAAAUAUUUAUAUCACAACAACCUCCCAAAACUACAUAAAGAGAAGUGCUAGCAUAUAUAUAUAUAUACACACACACAUAUACUGAUACGUACAUACAAAACUAUGGUGAAGUUGGAUGGGAAACUAUGGAAAGCUGUGAUUAUGAUGUCAAUUAUAAACAUUGCUCUAAGCGGUGUAAACGUUAUGUUCAAGAAGAUGCUUAAUCAAGGAGUUAACCGUAUGGUUGCGGCCACUUACCGACUUGCUGCAGGAACUCUGUUCUUGACACCAUUAGCUAUUUUCUUAGAAAGACAUAACAGGCCAAAACUCACUGGUAGUAUCUUGUGUUCCCUUUUCUUAAGCGCUCUCCUGGGGACAAGUUUGGUGCAAUACUUCUUUCUAAUUGGACUACAAUAUACGUCUUCCACUUUCGCCUUAGCGUUUAGCAACAUGGUUCCUUCGAUCACUUUUGCUAUGGCUCUCGUCUUUAGGCAAGAGACGUUGAACAUCAAGAACAACAUAGGAAGAGCCAAAGUGUUAGGCACAAUGAUAUGCAUCUGUGGAGCUUUGGUACUUACGCUUUAUACAGGAGCCUCAUUAACUCCACAAAACGCUCAAACAGAAACGCAAACGUCAAAUAGUCCAACGACUGCGGUAACGCAAAAAUGGGCCAUGGGUUCGGUCAUGCUGAUCAUAUCAAUCUUAAUAUGGUCAUCGUGGUUCAUUGUUCAAGCUAAAAUAUGCCGGAAGUAUCCAUGUCAAUACACAAGCACCGCGAUCCUCUCUUUUUUUGGUGUGAUCCAAUCUGCUUUGUUGAGUUUGAUCUCGGAGAGGAGCAUAUCCAUGUGGGUCGUUAAAGAGAAGUUCCAAGUUUUGGCUUUACUUUAUUCGGGCAUCGUGGGAUCUGGAUUGUGCUACGUGGGAAUGUCAUGGUGUCUCCAGCAAAGAGGUCCGGUUUUCACGUCUAGCUUCAUCCCUUUGAUUCAAGUUUUUGCUGCCUUUUUCAGCUUCUCUUUUCUUCAUGAGCAAAUUUACUGCGGAAGUCUUGAAAUCCAAACAAAAGAGAUAAAUUCAAACUCAGCUGCUAGUGCUAAGAUAUCAAACUCAGCUGCUAGUGCUACUGCUAAGUAACGACUAGCUACUAUUACUCUAUUAUACAACAGAAGUCCCUAUGUACGCAUCACCGUAAGUCAACAUGAUCAACAUCUUGUUUGACCGAUCCACAAUCAUUUACAAUUUUAAAUCAUGUCAGGAGAUCGGUUAUUGAUCAGGCGCUUACUAUGGAUCGGAUAAUCAUUUUGUAACAAUUAAGUAUCUUGGUAUCUUUGGCAGAAGAAAAAAUUCAAGUUUUGCUAGGCCAUUACCGUUGUGAGAUCAUCAAUAUGCUGUAAAUACAAAUUUAUAUACUUAUUAAAUGCUAGAGGAAUAAUGAAGAGACU